AUGAAGAAGAUGGAAGAUGGCUCGAACGAGGAGGCACUAGUCUCAAAUGAGAAGCAGGGGAACGAGCCAAUGAGGUCUUGCAAGCAACAUUACCAGGCUGCUAUACAGCCACAAACAGCAUCCGACUUUGGUCUUAAGAGUUUUGAGAUCACAGCUCUGGCCCCUGCGACAUCUGUGCUCCGCUACACUGACUUGCAUCUGCACGCUGGUCACAUCCAAUGGGUUUUAUCGCGGCUAACUACUAACUUGUUCCCCUCAUCAUGGGUUGAACUCAAGGAUGAUUUCAGUGCCUACGAAGAAGCGGCACGGUCUGACACUACUUCCCUUGCCUCGAGUGUGUUGAAUUAUCAGUAUGAGAAUGGAAGACGCUACCAUGCCUAUAGCCAGAGGCAGGCUCCUCCCCAAGGAAAGAGACUGCUAACCAGUAAUACAGGUGCACCACGUAUUACCAGCAAAUUCCCCUCAGCGCGUGUUAUUGGCAAUGACUUGAGUGCCAUUCAGCCUUCCUGGGUUCCUCCGAACGUCGAGUUCGUUAUUGACGAUUUCGAGAAAGAUUGGAUCUAUGAUGAAAAUUACUUCGAUUUCAUUCAUGCCCGCACACUUAUAGGGAGUGUCAAGGACUGGAAGUGGUUGAUUCGCAAGGCAUAUAAUCAUUUGAAGCCUAAUGGAUACUUUGAGGCUGCCGAAAUCGACGUAUGGGCAUGGAGUGAUGAUGGCAGUCUCAAGGAUGAUUCGCCAUAUAUGCAAUACCUAAGAAACCUACGUGAGGCUGGGGAAAAGACUGGAAGGAAGAUGGACGUUGCUCCCAGUUUGAAGCAUUGGAUCAAGGAGGCAGGAUUUGAAGAUGUUACUGAAAGGGUCUAUGUGGCGCCACUCGGGCCAUGGCCAAAGGACCCAAAAUUGAAAGAGCUUGGAAGAUGGGCCUAUGUUGAGAAUCCUGAUGGCGUUGAUGCCUAUGGUCUGCGUCUCUACACGCAAGUUCUGGGAUGGGAACCUGAUGCGGCAAAGAUCCAUCUCGCGCUUGUCAAGGAGCAGCUCCGGGACAAGAAUCUACAUGCCUAUAGCAAAGUCUAUGUUGUCUACGGAAGAAAACCAGAACCCAAAUAA